ACCUUCGAAAAAACCGAAAAAGAUCGUCCCUAAUAUGUUCUACCUACCUCAAUAAAACUCGUUCCCCUCGCCGGAGAGAAGAUCAAACCAGUCAUUCAUAAGUCGUUGCGAUGAUCACUGGCGCGCUAAUUCUGCUCGUGGUGGCGCUCCGCGGUGCCUUGGCCGUGUCUGGAAUCUACGUGGACAAUGGCGUCAGUCAGACGAUCCGCCAGAACGCGAUCACGCUGCACGAUCGGCAGGAGAUUGAGCACGAAAUUCUGGACUUGCUGGGGCUGCCGGAUCGGCCAAACUCGAAGCACAUUCAUCCGUCGCUGCGCAAGUCGGCGCCACAAUUCCUGCUCAACAUCUACCACAAACAGUUGGACGCGGCGAAAGGUCGAGGGCGCGGACGCCGGCAGAGGGACACGGGCAGCGUUUACAGUAGAAGUCUGCUGACCAUCGCGGAUGAGCGCGUGAUCGAGGAGUCGGAUGUGAUCAUGACGUUUCUGAACAAGGGCCACAAAGAUCUGCCCAAGAUACGUCACCGGAGGUACGGCGAGCGGUUGUGGUUCGACACGAGCGAGACUUCGGCGGACGGAGCGAUGCAGCUGUACGCGAGUCUGCGGAUCUACAAGAACUCGACGAUCGACGACUGGAACGCGAUCACCAGCGGGAGGUUGAUCACGGUACGGGCAUCGCUGAUUCGUGAGUACAACGCCAAACGGGGGGAGCACAACUUGGAGUUGAUCGCGGAGCACACCGUUCCGUACAACUACGAGGGUUGGCUGGAGAUCAACGUUACGGACGCCAUGGACCAGUGGAUGACCAACCGAAUCGGUAACAAGGGAAUCUUCGUCGAUGCGUACUACAACGAAAGACCUUCCAAGAACGUUCGCCCGCAAGAUUUCGGCCUCAUUCUCUCCAACAAGUACGGACGCUAUCAACCCUUCCUGGUCAGCUACUGCAAGGGUCGUGAACUGGUCAAACCAACGACCCACAACAACCGAUCGAAGCGCAGCGUCGUCAAAAACUCCCCCAGAAAAGCCCCAAAGAAAUCCCUCAAGCCGAAAAACCCCUUCCUCGAGCGAUGGUCCCAGAAGGAAAAAUCCUGCCAAAUCCACACUCUGUACGUGAGCUUCCGUGACCUCAACUGGCAGGACUGGAUCAUCGCGCCGGAUGGAUUCGGGGCGUUCUUCUGCCACGGGGACUGCAACUUCCCACUUAACACCCACAUGAACGCGACCAAUCAUGCCCUCAUCCAAACCUUGGUGCACUUGAUCCACCCGAACAGUGUUCCGAAGCCGUGCUGUGCGCCGACCAAGCUGAACCCGAUCUCGGUACUGUAUCACAUCGACGAUGCGAACAUCAACUUGAAAAAGUACAAAAAUAUGGUGGUGAAGAGUUGUGGGUGUUUGUAGAGAGUAAGGAAUAAAUAGAAGUUAAG